GUUUUCUAUAAAUACUGCCAUCUAGCGCUCACCAGGGCAUACCUCGUCAGACAUCGAUACCGAAAACAUUGCCAGAAACAGCACACCGGCAAAGACAUCACACCUCGAUAUCUCUGAAGUGAUAGAAGAUCGUCGCCUGUUCUUGUGAGGAAGAAGUUCUACCCAUCAUUCAAAAAUGAAGCUUGAAAUCGCAUCUGUUAUCGCACUCAUCUGUUGCUCACUGAUCGUUUCGACCAGUGCACAGACCAAACCCACUUGUGCCCAGCUCCAACAGUGGAACAUUCCCUACUUCCAGUGCCAGUCGGGCGACGAAUGCUACUUCAAAUGGUAUGAAUGCGACUCCAUUCUGGACUGCACAGAUUUCCCAGAUGAGAACCACUGCCAAACAGAACACACAGUCAACUGCGAGAAAGAUUUCCUUGGGAAGAAGACAAGUAACGGCGAGCCCCUUCAGAGCUUCCAGUGCGACAAUGGCAUGUGCAUCUUGGGAUGUCAGCGGUGCGACGGAGUGAUGGACUGCGCAGACAACUCCGACGAGUCCGGCUGCAGUGGCACGGAGGUCAUACCACCAUGCAACUAGAAACUGACAGGGGAUAGUUUCAUAUUGUUUAAUAGGGUCCAGGGAAAUACUUUUUAUAUUGUCCACUCCUGUGGAUUUAUCUGCAAUCUAGUACGCCUAAAUGUGUCUAUGAGUUCCUCGCAAGUCGUGAAUCUCAUUAAGAUUGGGUUACUGUUUUUAGACCAUAAUUACAAGCUUUUGACCUCAUGUUAUUUGUAGGGACUUUAUUUGAUUGUUAUUCACACCAUUGAAGUUUGGGGAUCUAAUUUUAGGUUUUGACCUCAUGUGAAUUGCUCAUGAUUAUGCAACUAUAAUUUCACACUUAUAUUUCGUUCAAUCUAAGGUUUUUUCCAAUCGUUUUUCAACCAGCAUUGAGAAAACCAUUCUUUUGCCAUUAAUUUAUUGUAAUUAUUUACUGGUUUGCAGUUUUUAAUGCUUUUUGAAAUUACUUUGUUUUAACCGCUGAAAUCACCGUUGCGGAAACCGUUCAUUUCUCUUUGUCUUAAUGUAUUGAAAUUACCGCUUUGUAUUAAUACUGCCAGCGUAUCUAUUAUUUUUGUUCCAUAAAUGUGUAUCCGACUGAACAAGUAUUCGUGCAGGCCUAACUCGUUGGUCACCAAAGCGCCCUCUAUAGGUUUGCUAUUUGCAAAAGAAAUUUGAAGAAAUUUCGUGCUACAGUUUCAGUUCGCUCGUCUCCCACCGUCCCCGUCCGAGGGCGCUGUUGACCGCCAAUCCGUUUCGCUAAAACUUGUGAAGGAAACUCAGGUUUUCUAGAUCUAGUCGUGGGCUGUUCACUUGUCAUGCGCACACGGAUCAUGCGCACACGCUGGGUCACUGUGUUUACAUGAAAGCUCGAGCAAUAUCACCAGUGACCAAAAUGAGUUCGUGUUUUGCCAUGCAUGUACAUGUAUUAUAUUUUUGCCGUGUGUGAUUAAUUAUUCUUAAAGGAAAGUCCACAUCGUAGGAAAGACAUCCGUUGCAAAUUGCAACAUCUGACAAAAAUUUACAUGAACGUGAAUUUUCAUUUGCUCCUGAUAGUUGUUGUUGAAGGAUUUAGCACUUGUAUUUGUAUUAUUUUAUAGUUUUAUUUAUGUCUUUUUAAACAUUACUGUGAUUGUUGGUAAAUUAAAAUAUUAGUUACACUUUGAACUUGUUGGGGCGAAUCGGCCUCUGGCUCAGGGGGAGUAGUAGUUUUUUACCCAUCAUCCAAAAAUUGAAUGAAGCUUGAAAUCGCAUCUGUCAUUACACUGAAAGCUAAUUGUAAUGCCACAUCACUCUUGAUUCCAAAUAAUUGUUGAGGGAUUUAAACAUAUAUUUGUAUUAUUUUUUUCACUGUAGUUUUAUAUAAUUUAUAUGCCUUUCAAAAACAUAAUUUUGAUAUGUUGGUAAAUUAAAAUAUAAGUUAUGCUGUGAAUGUA